CCCGACGUAAACACACAGACGACAAAACGCGCGCAAACUUGUUCAGUGAAUCGCCAACGGUCGCAUGAGGAUUUCUUCAAUAUUACGUCCGUUUGAAGUGAAGAAGGAGAGAAAAUGUCAUUAAAAUCGAAGCGGAAAGUGAAUGUCAGCCUGCAAAAGGAAGACAGCGAGGACCUCUUUCUCAGUCCGCCUAAGAAGACAAAGAAGAGUCAGAGCAAGAAAGAGGAUGAUGAGCUGAAGGACGACUCCCUCUUUGGAGAGCUCAUAAACAAGGCAGGGUACAUACUCAAGAAAGGAGAUCAGCCAAAUUUACUAAAAUGUGACCAGGCAGUAUUUCAAAAGGACCUUAGAUGGGGCAUAAGAUCCCAUUCACUCUAUCGCAUGCCUGAAAUUGCCGAAAAAUUUGUAAAGGGAUUAGAGGAACAUGUUGAUGAUGAAGUGCGGCUAAAGUGGGCACUUCAUUACACUCAGACUGUCCCAGAUUGUGUGAGUGCACGUGGUGGCCAACAAGAUUCGUUGAUCCGGUUGUGUUUAAACAUAGAAGAGCUACAACCAUGUCUUAUAAAGCUGCUAACUGAAAAACUUCUGGAAAUUGCAUAUGAUGAUGAAAACAGUAAUAGAGUGGAUUUUCCUUGCUUGAUUUUGGCUAAUCUUAAAUGGUUAGACAGAGUUGUAGAUUCAGACACUCUGACUGCAAAAAUUGUGGACCUUAUAGAAGGAUCUCCCGUCAAGGUUCAACAGGAAGUCAUUAGUUUUGUGUCCAACAUUGUAGAUGAUGCCAACCACCCCAAGAUUGCUGAAGUGCUAUGUAACCUCUAUGAUACAACCCCAGAGCUGACUCCAGCGAUUCUCGAUGCGCUCGGACAUUUGACACUUGCCCCUGAUAGUCUGGAUGAUGUGCGCCAUUCUGUGCUCAAAUCUCUUCAGGCAGCGCGACCUGAGCAGCUCCCAGUUGUCGUUAAGUUUCUUCUCCAUAACACACCACAGGCUAUGGCUUAUCAGGUGGUCAGUGACAUGAGAGAAAAGAUAAAUCUUCCGGGAGAUGGCGCAGGUACCAAAAAGUCACCCAAGAAGGGGAAUAAAAGAAGAGAUAGCAGUAAUGAGGAUGAUGCAGCAUAUGAGAUCCUGCUCUUUACAAGCAUCAAGAUGGCUGCACUUAUUUAUAAGUUCCUUACUAAUGCAUGGUUAAAGGCUGUACAAGAUGUGGAUGAUGUACACAGUGUGCGAACCUUCGAUUUUCUGUUGCUCUUGGUCCUCUAUGAUGCUGCACCCUCACGUCGCCGUCCCAUUGAGAGCAUCUUUAGAAACAAAAUCAGACUGGGGCUUUUCUCUCAGCUUAUGCUUGAGAAAACAGUCACCAACCAUGGUGUAGUGCUGAAGGAAUAUUUUCAGUCUGUGAAAAAAAUGGCCAGCUUACUUUUGCGGUCCCCUGAACCCGUUGUUAGCCAGGCUGGAGCUUCAUUAUAUAGGUAUUGUUUUAUCCACCUUGAUGGAUAUCAGAAGCAAGAGAUUGUACUGACCUUGUUGAAACAUUUAGGAGACAGUACAGUUGUCCGGAUAGCUGCUCUUUCGCUUUUGUGUUCGCUUGCACACGAUCACACAGCUGAGAUGUCAAAGUUCACCAUCUUUUUGAAGGGUUCUCUAGACAUGGUUGAUGAGCUGAGUAUGGUAGAAGUGAAAAAACUCCUGGAUGUUGUGAGUCGCUUAGCGUUCUCAGAUUCUUCUCAUGCUGCACUUCAAGAUGAACUGGCCAUUAUGGUGCGAAAACAGCUCUCGCACACAGACAUCAAAUACAAGCUGAUAGGUGUGCUAAAUGCUGUACAAGCUGUAAAGAAUAUGGUUGAGACGGAAGAUAGUCGAGGCAGCCUUGAGACAACAAGCAGUACGGAUCUUGAGUCGUCAUCCACACUUAAAGAAGCUGAAAAUCUCCUGCAUCUUGUCUUGUCGUCCACUGCCAAAUCACCAACUGCUUCAGCUUUAUUUAUGGAUGAAAUGGCCUCUAUCAUCCUGAAAGAAGGAAUGAACUCCAAGUUUGAGGAAUGGGUCUGUGAGAAGAUGACAGACGACUUUCAGGAGACCUUCGUGCUUGAUGCAACAGAUUCUCAACCUCCAUGUGAUUUGCUCCCCAUAGAAGGUUUCUGGAAUUUAGAUGAUGUAGGUGAAGGAGGCAUCAUCAUGAAUUUGGCUCCUAUGAUCAUCAAGGCUGAACCUACUAGGCAUGAUGCGGGAGGCAAUGAGAGCAAGUUAGUUUCCUUGGCCUCACAGUUCCGCCUUCUCCGCAUGCUUGAGAGCCGACUGCAUGACGGAGACCUUGGAAAUGUUGAUGCUCUCCUUGGCUGUCCAGUGUAUCUUCCAGCAGAAGCAACUUAUGACAAAUUCACUUCUCUCUCACAAGCAGAGCAGCAUGCAUCACUGUCAUGUCUCUUCUACACAAUCAACUGGUUCCGUGAACUUAUUAAUGCCUUUGUCACACAAAAGGAUUCAGACAUAAAGUCUAAGGUAUAUCAAAGGUUGCAGCAAGUAAUCAAACUAGAGAAAAGAUUGGCUCAGUGUCUGCCUGCUUGUCCUUCAUACAGCCCUCCACUGGCAGUAUUUGAUUUAGACAAAUCAGCUUCUCCACCUGUGGUGACCCUUCCAACCGUUAAAAAGGCAAAGAAGGCUAAAAAGCCACCAGGCAAGAAGGGGAAAAAGGGUAAAGCAAAAGAAAAUGAUGGAGAAACCCAUUUGGGGUCACAGGCCAAUUCACAGCCUGCAACACAACCCACAACUCAGCCCACCAUGCUCGGAGAUCCAGACGAUAAGGAAUCUGCUGAAAAAGAGAUAUCCUCAGUGGCAGACAUGAGCAGUUGUCGACCAUUUCUGAGGGAGCUUCAUCUUGAUGUAUUUGGUUUACUCUUCAGGAAGCUAGCACUUGACACAGAAAUUGAAGGUCAAGGUCAGCUGACAUUACCUGAGGCUGAGUUUCUGUUGAAGGAUCUUAACAUGAAACUUUCACAUGUCUUUGAAGCUGGUAGCAAGAGAGUUUCAUCACUGGGAAAUGCUGGAGAUAAAAAUAUUGGCCACUCUCACCUGGACCUUUUCACACCUGCUGAAAUUGCACAGAGAGCACAUCGCUUUCUCAAGCCUAUCUGCGUUCACCUGGAAGCAAUUAGUGAAUUUUUCCAGAGUUUAAUAGCAGAUAAUGAUGGUAUAAUGGAUGCACCUGGAAUGUUCAGUGAGAGAACAAAACCUCUUAUAAAGGUUUACUCUCUCCUCUUCACAACGCUGUCAGUUUUCUUGUCUUGGCCAGGGUUGCAGCAAGAAGAAAACAGCCAAAUACUGAUUAUUGUUCUGAAAACCAUUGGUAAGAAACUGGAAGGAGAAGCAGUGAGUGGAAUGGGAAAAGAGGAGUUGGUGUCUGUGGUGUUCCGCUAUAUCUCAAACUUCCAUGCAUCUGUUGUCAGUAUAAGCACUGCAGUCAUGCUUGUCCAGGCACUAGUGGCUCUCACAGUCUUGCAGCAUGAUGGUGACCUCAAGGAAAAAUUAGUUGAGGUGCUAGAGCAGUUAUUGAAAAGAGAGUGGUAUUCAACUGGUGGAGAGCGAGAGAGAGGCACUGUUUAUAAUCACCAUGUGUUCUCUUUACUACAGAUAUAUCUAAAGGAGAGUAGCAAUCCACUGGGUCUUGUGGACACAAUCUGUAGUGAGGCUUUGGAAGAGUUCAUGAGUGAAUCUGGACGAGACCCACGCUCUGAGACAUACCCCACGUUAACCAAGGCUACCUUGGGCAUGUACUACCGAAGCUUGCUGUUGUACCUUGUGAGUGGGACAAAGAAGGCCCUCUCUGCUCAGGGGCCUGCAUCAGCUGCAAAUCGUGAAGAAUGCUUAAAUGUGUGGAUCACAGCCAUAAAGGUUUUCUGUACCCUUGUUGGAACACUAAAGAAAUAUGACACAAGGAAUUUACUUGGACCAUGUUUAAAGUAUUCCCGUACAUUCCUAGAGCUUUUCCUUCGAAAUGCCAUGCCUCUCCUGGACUCCUGCCUCCGAAUGCACAAUCAAGAAGUUGUUACACUCCUCAAAAACCUUCAAACAUCAACAAGACUUCUUCAACAUGUGUGCACUCAUUCCAAGGUGAAUCAAGACACAAGUUUAACACGUUAUGUCCCACCCAUGAAAAAGUCUCUGGAAAUGCUUGUGUAUCGUGUGAAAGCCAUGUUGGCCAUGAACAAGUGCUCCAGUGCUUUUUGGAUGGGCAAUCUGAAAAACAGGGACUUGCAUGGUGAAGAACUGCUGUCACAGUCUGUAAGAGAGGAGGAAGAUACUGAGAGCGAACAAGCAGAAGGGGAAGGGGAGGAAGAAGAGGAUGAGGAUGUUGAAGAUGACCAAUCCGAUGUUGAGCUUGAUGAAGAUGAAGACAACAAAAGCUCAUGCAAAUCUGAACCAGAAGAGGAGAGAACUGACUAUAGUGUUAGUUUCUAAAACUUAGAGAAAAAUCAGAGAUAAUUCCUGUCUGUAAGAUGGAAUACAAUGUCUUGGAAAAGAGUGAAUGAACCUCCAUAUUGAUAGAUAGUUUGCAUACCAAAUCUGAAUUUGUAAGAUUAAAAAUAAGAUAGAUUGUAAAUAGUUUUUUUGUUACACGUAUAUAUUUUUAAUAAACAUGUGGUUUAAAGGAGUUUAUAUAAGGAGAUUAUGAUUAUAAUUCAGCAUUAUUUGAGCAUUAAUCACAUUCCUUUUUUUGAACCAUUCCAAAUUCUUUAAGAAACUUGAUAAGUUUGUGGACAAAAACAAAAGUAAAAGAUGUGUAAUAUGGUUAUGAUUGGGUUUUUAUAUUACUAUCAAAAACAUACUUUUUUUUAGUAAUUACAACAUUUACUAUAACAGUUGUUAUGAUCUGGGCAAUAGACAGGUAAUUAAUUUAAUCUGCACUUUUUUUAAUUUAGGCAUAUCUAUAAUUGUCAGUUACUUUAGGUAAUAUACAAUAUAAACAUCAAAUUACAUUUAUUUGGUUACAUAUAAUAAAUUUCAUUAAAUA